ACUGGCCGAGGAGCUCAGCUUCGCCCUGGAGGCCCAGCCCAGCAUGGAACAAAGAGACACCUUAAGGAAGCGGGUCCCUGAGAGCACAGCUCGUACCCUCAAGGACUGGCUGCAUGUGUGCACGGUGAGCUGCAUUACAGCAGGAGCCACCAGGGGGCGCUUCGCUGGCCCUGAUUGGCUAGCGUCCCCUUGGCUAGAGCACAGUAGGCACUUUACCUGAGCUGCUCUAGAGGAACAGCUGCCAUGCUGAUGGGAUACAGACUGAGAGUAAUGACAGAUCAUAAGCUCUUUAAGGCAGUCUGGGUGAAUUAGUAACAGCAGUAUAUGAACACUUGUGGUGGAAUCUAAGGUACUACCUGCUUAGUAGUACAACAGAACUUUUAUUUUGAAGCCUAGUUGAGUUUCUUCUCAUAACGUUGCUCCCUCCUCAACCCUGACCUUGACUGAAUCUGGAAUAAAUGUCCAUGCAGAAAAAUAGCUGAGAAGCAGAAGUCUGUAACAUGUUCCUGGUUGACGUUACACCUCUGUACUCCUCCCACUUCAGAAGAAUAUUCUGGAGUGCAUCUUUCUAAAGAGCAUCCAUGUAAAGCGUGUUCUUCUACAGAAGAUCGGGCUUCAGUCCUCUCAUUCACAGCAGAUGACACUGCCGUAAUUGCAGUAGGUCGAUCUAUAAAUGAUACCAUGCUCCAGAUGAUGACUUUACUGCAGCGUGAACCGUUCAGGAUGUUCUAGAAGUCUAUUCCAGGUCAUGGAUAGUUUCAGCUGGUCCACCGGUCUGAGGGAACUCUCUGUUUUCAGCAUCUGUGUGAAUUGCACUAAUGAGAUCCAGCUUGUGUUGACUCUGAGUCAGCCGCUCCUCCGUGUGGCAGGUCUCCGAAGAGAUCAUGCACGUGGAGCUUUUCUCUUUUUCUCCAGCUGAACUCCUGCCAUCAGACUGGAGUCGAGAGCCGUCUGAGGUAACAAGAGCAGCUAGUUUCAGGCAGUGCUAAUGAGGGUGUUCAUCGCCUUCUGGCAGCAGAGGAGGGACGCCGGGUGGCCUGAUUUGUGUUCCAGGUCUGCUGGACUUGCCUAGCCUGCUGUGGAGCUUCUGCCUGGGUUGCGGCUGGGGGGAGUGGGGUGGUUUAUGCAGCGAGCCUCACAACAGCAUAAGAUAGAGUGGCUUCCUGUUGUGGGUCGCAUGGUGGUGCAGUGGUUAGCACUGUUGCCUCACACGUCCGGGACCAGGAUUUGAGCAUCUGCCAUGGCUCCAUGUGUGUGGAAUUUGCAUGUUCUCUCAUGUCGUCGUGGGGUUCCCUCUAGGUACUCUAGCUCCCCCCCCCACUGUCUAAAAACAUGCUGAGAUUAAUUGGAGCUGCCAGGUUGCCUGUAGGUGUGCAUGUGUGACUGCAUCGUGUGAUGGGAUGGGAUGGCACUCCAUCCUGGGUUGUUCCCUGCCGUGCAUCGUAGCCUCAGGCUCCGGACCCUCCGAGACCCUGAAUAGGAUAAGUGGUUACAGAAAAUGGGUGGAAGGCUUUCUGCUGCAACGCCACCUACAUUGAGCUGCUUCAGAUAUGAAAUAGACUCUCAGUAUGGACUCUCAAUGACUUUCAGAAAUAUUUUACUUGGCUACACAAGGUAAGCACCGCACUAUUUUUUGUUUUUCAAACACUUCGCUUGCCCUCUUAGAAAACAGCAGAAUGUGUUGAUAUUCUCACAGAGACAAAAGAUCUUCUGUUGCAGUAAGAAUUCCAGUCCCACGCCAAGAGUGAGCGUAGGGCUGCCCCAUGCGGAUAGUCGUCCCGCUGCCCUGAGCUGCAGUGUUUCUGUGAACGUGCAGUGAGUUGAGGGAGGAGCACCUCAGGUUCACAGUGUAAGGUAGGAGCAUGGCAUUGCUGCCUGGGAGAACAAGGGGUUGCAUAGUAAACAAAACAAGAUGGACAUAAGUGAGAGCUCGGCAGGCUGCAUCAGAGGAGGGGCAAAGUCUUCAGGAAAACCGAUAGCAUUUUAAGAGCUUGAAUGCGUUGAUGUUUUAUUUCUUAAUGAUUUGAAGUUACUUGAGAUGGUCAAACACUUUAACUUCUAACAUCCCAGAUUUGAACUUUGUGACUGGAAGUCUCUGAGCAGGCUUUGUUGGAGCUAUGUGUGCGUGUCUGUGUCUGAGUGCCUUUACGAGAGCUUAAAUAUGUCGUGUCUGAGAAGUAAUUCCACCCUUUGCUGGUUGCUUUAUAGCGAUAAACUGGCCCUUUGUAGAUAAAAGUUGCAGUCAUGGCUCACGGAGAGUUACGCACUUUAACUUGGAUUCCUGACACUUCAUGCUGUUUCUAUGUUAACACUGUGUUACGGCUUCCAGCAUGAAACAAAAUGAAAUCACACUGAGUGGAGAGCUUGGUAAUGAAGGUUAAUCACAUGCUUUUCAUGCCCCCCCCUUCCUCCCCCAGCAUCAGCCACCUGUUUGUGUCCCUGCAGGUGAACCACAGCCCUCCUGUCUCCAGCGAGACGUGUCAGGAGUGGCUGGUGCACCUCGAGAGUGACCGAGCGUCCCUAGUCCUCCAGGUGAGCGUCCUCACAGACCAGGUGGAGGCCCAAGGAGAGAAGAUCAGGGACUUGGAAAGCAGCCUGGGUGAGCACCAGCACAAGCUCACCUCCACCGAGAAGAUGCUGCAGCAGGAGCUGCACAGUCGGACAUUGCUUGAGUCGCAGAAGUUGGACCUGAUGGAGGAGGUCUCCUUCCUGAAGCUGAAGUUGGAGGGUAUGGAGGAGGAGCAAAGGGGCAGCAACAGCAAGCAGCACAAUGCCAAGGUCUUACAGCAGCAGCUGCAGCUUUUGAAGGAGAAGGUGGAGGAGCUGGAGGCUGAGAAAUCCCAGUGUGAAAGAAAGUUAUGGGCAACAAAGGCGGAGGUAAGCAGGCUGCAGCAGCUGCUAGCUGACAAGGACGUGGAGAUACAGGGCCUGCAGAGCAAACUUCUGUGCAGGUCUAGCUGGUCUUCAAAAGCUAAAGGAACAGAUGAGGAAUUCGAAAGGCUGAAAAUAGGAAUGGAGGCACUGUUAGCUGCAAAUGACAAAAAGGACCGCUUCAUAGAGGAACUCACUGCACUGCUCCGGACAUACGGCAAGAAUAAGGUGGUGAGUCUUGCCCAAGGGCAAGGUGACACCACUGUGACUGGAAGCAGUGAAGAGGAUCUAAGUGGAACCCGAGGGACAUGGGUCCUCCCUGCUAAGCAGAGCCCUUCCAGCACAUCUUCAUCUAGCCGACAUGCCUACCCACAAGAGGAGCAGGAUCUGGGCUCCAGGAGCUCUCCUGUGACUCCUGGCAAAAUCAGCCUCCAGAACUGCAUACGAUGGGUACAACCAAGGAUAUUGUCAAGCAGUUUGGAUAAACUUCAGAGUGGAUCUUCACCGAAGCACAUGGCAGGAGAGUCAAUACAGCCUGUCCUCUCGACGGAGAGUCACCAGGCAGAUGGCAAGAAGUGUCAGACCCUCCCUGGGCGACUGUCCCCACCUGAAUACCCUGGAGGGGGGGCCGAGAGCCUCUCCUCAGCCCCGAGCAUGAAGGAGUGGAACAUGAGCUGUAAGGAGUUGGGCGACGUGACCUCUGACCUCGCGUCCGUGACCUCUUCACUUGACUUGGGGCGUCAGUCUCCCGUGGAUUACUCCUCCAGCUUGAAGCGGCUUUGGGGAAGGAUCCGCAGGACGCAGUCCGGCACUCUGCCCAGUGAGGACCCAGAGCCGGCCCUCCUUCGCAGGGGGGGGCUGCGUGCCACAGCCGGCCCGAGGCUGCUUGGCAGCAGCGUCACUCUCUGUUCCGACCAGGUCAAGGACGUGCCCUUCGCUCAGUGGAGUCCGGAGCAGGUGUCGAAAUGGCUGGACGACGUGGGUCUGGGCCAGUACCGAACCAUGGCCAGUCACUGGGUCAAGAGUGGCCAGACACUCCUUUCUGCUACCCCCCAUGACCUGGAGAAGGAGUUGGGUCUCAAACAUCCCCUACACAGGAAGAAACUGCAGCUGGCCCUCCUGUCCCUCAGCUACCCGGCGGCCGAGAGGUCCUCAGAGCUCGACCACACUUGGGUAACACGUUGGCUGGAUGACAUUGGCUUACCGCAGUACAAGGACCAAUUUAGCGAGUCGAGAGUGGACGGCAGGAUGCUGCAGUACUUAACUGUGAACGACCUGCUGUUCCUGAAAGUCACCAGCCAGCUGCACCACCUCAGCAUUCGUUGGGCCAUCCGCGUGCUGCAUGCCAACAAGUUUGACCCCCACUGCCUGAAACGUCGUCCCAGCGACGAGACGCAGACUCAUCCAUCAGAAGUGGUGCAGUGGUCCAACCACCGUGUCAUGGAGUGGCUGCGCACAGUGGAUCUCGCAGAGUACGCACCCAACCUGCGGGGCAGUGGUGUACAUGGAGGCCUCAUUGUCUUGGAGCCACAGUUUAAUUCAGAUACGCUCGCAGCACUGCUUAACAUUCCCCCCCAGAAGACCCUGCUGCGGCGCCACCUGGCCACCAGCUUCGCCAGCCUCGUGGGACCCCACGCCCAGCGCCAGAAGCAGGACUUUCUGGAGGGCUCUGACCACACACCCCUUACUGCCACCACCAAAGUGCGGCCCAAGAAGCUUGUCUUCCCCACCUUUGGAAACCUGGGCAAGAAGAAGUUUGAUGAGGGUAUUCACUACAUUUGCCCCCCGGAUUUGCCUCCACUUGCCCUGAAUGGGGCUCCUAGAGGCCAGAGCCCUCUGAUGGACAGGGGGGCAGGGAGGCCAGAGCAGGACCAAACUCCACAGCUGACAGAGGUGAAGAAAUCCACAGUGCAGUCACGGGCUCUCUCUCAGAGGACCAGCACUCUCUCUGUUGCUAAAGAGAGACCUUGCUGGACUCCUAAUGGUGGCGCCAACAAGAACACGGUGGUGCUGUGCAUUAAGGAAACCACACUCUAACCGAUCCCAUCAGAGAAGUCUAGCUGGACCUGAACUGUUCCUCUCUAUCUUCCAUGAUUUAUUUUCUGCAUCUCGCUCUGCUUCACCUGCACCCUACAUCCGUCAUACCUCUCUGCAGUGUUACUCCCACGCAACGUUACCUGUUACUCCUGCAUGUAGCGGAACCUGACCCUCGUUCUUCUUCCAGUGCCAAACGGUACCUGUAGCUUCCCCUGCUGCAGUGUUAUCCUCACCUGCACCGAACACGCGCACUCAGCACCACCUAUGCUGCCAAAGCCGCCCCAGUUCUGGGACUCGCAGCAACGACACUGUGGAGACUAACUGGGAGAAGCCUGGCCGUGCCUGGGCCCCAUGAAUAAGGAGUAAGGAGGAGAGUGAUGUCACAGGUCCAUCCAUCAUGGCUCACUGGGACACAUCAGCUGACCCGAUCCAGAAACUCUUCUUCAUCCUGGACCAUGAACGUCCAGGCAGGAUCUUUUACAGGAGAACGGUGACAUACAUCUGUCAGUACAGACUUUGCCAUUAUGUACUAAGUGGGUAACUGACUGAUGCCACUUACAGUUUAAGUAACAAGUAGUAGAAAAAAAAUAUAUGUAUUGAAAUAAGUGUCUCAGUGACAUCAUAUGCUGGUACUAAUGUGCUGUAGUGCUGUUCUGUAAAGUGAGCAAGUAAUAUCAGUGAGAGGGUAGAUGUGAUAACAGAAAUAGCAUCUUUUUACAGGAAAAACUACUGGAGAGCUUAUUUUUCAAAUAAACACACUAAUAUAUACUUUU